AUGAAAUCUCUUCUGAUGAGAACCGGCUCGAUGCCGGUUCUAAACCGGUUUAUUCCGUCGCGGAAGGUGACGACGAUCUCCAGGCACAACUCCGUGGAAUCACUAUCCAGCUACGGGGUCGAGGGAUUCACCGGCGGUAAGAUCUCGAUCGAGGUCAAGGCUGCGGUGGAGAUGCGGAGGGUGUCUUCGGAGAGUGAUGUGAUUAGAUCUGAGAGAAUGUUGAAGAGUGUUGGAUCCACCAAGCCUUCGCCGGCGAAAAUCCCGGAGGACGACGAGGAGGAAAUGAGGUUCGCCGAUGGUUGGGGAUCUUUGAUCUGGAAGGAGAGUGGAAUUCCUGUGGAGGAGCAAGGAUUCUCCGGUGGUGGUGGUGGUGGUGGUGGAUCUGGUUACAGCGGCGGUAAUGGAAACGGAAACGGAAGCAGAGGAGGCGGUUACGACGAUAGAAGCAAGAUCGGUGAUUAUUAUCGCGAAAUGUUGAAAUCGAAUCCCAAUAAUUCGCUUCUUCUGAUGAACUACGGCAAGUUUUUGUACGAGGUGGAGAAAGAUGCAGAGAGAGCAGAAGAAUACUACGGGAGAGCAAUACUUGCGAAUCCAGGUGAUGGUGAGGCAUUGUCAAUGUAUGGAAAACUGAUAUGGGAAACGAAGAGAGAUGAGAAGAGAGCUCAAUGUUACUUUGAUCAAGCUGUUCAUGCUUCUCCUGAUGAUUGUAUGGUUUUGGGAUCAUACGCACAUUUCAUGUGGGAAGCAGAGGAUGAAGAAGAAGAAGAAGAAGAAGAAGGUGAAAUAAUGGCUGCAUCAGCGGCUAUGGUUUCUGCGGUUUAG